AUGGCCUCCCUCCGCACUACAUCGCGACUCUUCGCUGCGUCGCGGCCAUUCUUCCGCCCGGCUAUUUUCGCUCGCUCCUAUGCGACCGCUGAGUCCGCUAUUUCCGUGGAUCCUAUUGCCUCUGAGAACCCCUCAUUGAAGACCUUCAAGAUCUACCGUUGGAACCCGGAUACUCCAAGCGAGAAGCCAACCAUGCAGAGCUACCAGCUUGACCUCAAGAAGACCGGUCCCAUGAUGCUGGACGCUCUUAUCCGGAUAAAGAACGAAAUGGACCCAACCCUGACCUUCCGCCGAUCUUGCCGUGAGGGUAUCUGCGGUAGUUGUGCCAUGAACAUUGACGGUGUCAACACUCUUGCCUGCUUGUGCCGCAUCCCUACCGAUACUGCCUCGGAGUCUCGCAUCUACCCAUUGCCUCACACCUACGUCGUUAAGGAUCUCGUUCCCGAUCUUACCCUUUUCUACAAGCAAUACAAGUCCAUCAAGCCCUACCUCCAGAAUGAUACCCCUACUGCUGAUGGCCUUGAGAACCGCCAAAGCCCCGAGGAGCGCAAGAAGCUUGACGGUCUGUACGAAUGUAUUCUCUGCGCCUGCUGCUCAACCUCCUGCCCUUCGUAUUGGUGGAAUAGCGAGGAGUACCUUGGCCCCGCCAUCCUGCUCCAGUCCUACCGUUGGUUGGCCGACUCUCGCGACCAGAAGACCGCCGAGCGCAAGGCCGCUCUUGACAACAACAUGAGCGUCUACCGUUGCCACACCAUUCUCAACUGCACACGGACUUGCCCCAAGGGUCUUAACCCUGGUCUUGCUGUAGCCGAGGUCAAGAAGAUGCUGGCCGUUUAA